AGUCCCACCUUCAGUGGAUCCCAGAAGGCAGACCAAGCGGCGAUGUGCUGAAGUUCACUUUGCACUCAGAAAGCUGGAACUCGUCCUCCAUCCCUCCUGUCGGGUCGGGUCGUGUUGGGAGCGAAUGCUGCAGGAGUCCUUUGCAUGGAUCUGAAUCAGAGUUUUCUAAUCGGCAGUAUUUUCCAGGUGUCAUUCUGGGAUGUCCAGGCUAAUGGUCCAGGGGGGCUCAGCCCUGAAGCACAGAGACUACUCAAGCCCUACAGAUGGACACAUCCACGUGUAGAAACCUGCUCAGCUGCUUGAGUCAGAACUUCCCCCUCUUUGAUCGCCUAAUAUUAGACACUCGAUCCAUCAAAGAAUCGUCCAGCCUGUCCUCCUUGCAUUCAGGCGCUCAGUGUGCCAUGCGCUGCAGGGCGAGAGGUGGCAGGCAGGUAAUGGAUGAUGUUGGCCAUGGUGACCUGAAGUAAAUGGCUAUUCCUCAGCACAGAUCAGUGCCGGUGUCUACUGCUCGAUCCUCCUCCUCUCACCCCCCCUCUACCUUUCUGCUCUCCUUCCCCGUGGACUGCUGCCGCUCGCUGCCCGGUGCAGCCUCCCCCCUCCAACACCAUGGUAGGGGCUGGCUUGGGUGUGUGGAAGCUACUGCGAGGCGUUCGCCAGCUGGAGCUCCACCGCCUCAUCCUGGCGCUCAUCAUCUUCUGCGUGCUGUCUAUGGCCUUCCUCGCUUACUACGUCUCCAACAGCCCCAAAAUCAAAGAGGCCCCCCCCAUGCCCUUCAGUGACUGCGGGGGAGGGGGGGUGAUGUCGCUGGGAGCGAGCACCGCAGCCGCUGGAGGAGGGUCAGGAGCCCAGAGGGCACCUCUUCACCUCCCCCAACGGCAGGGCCGGCUGCGGCAGGUGAAGGCGGUGGACUACUCCAGGACGGAGCCUGUGGUUCUGGUGUUUGUGGAGAGCAUCUACUCCCAGCUGGGCCAGGAGAUCGUGGCCAUAUUAGAGUCCAGUCGCUUCCACUACCGGACAGAGAUCGCUCCGGGUAAAGGAGACAUGCCCACGUUGACUGAGCACAACCGUGGGCGCUACACGCUGAUCAUCUAUGAAAACGUGUUGAAAUAUGUCAAUCUGGACGCCUGGAAUCGCGACCUACUGGACAAGUACUGCACUGAGUAUGGAGUCGGCGUCAUUGGCUUUUUCAAAGCGAAUGAAAACUCUCUCCUCAGUGCACAGCUCAAAGGUUUCCCCCUCUUCCUACACUCACACCUGGGACUCAGGGACUACCGGAUAAACCCCAAUGCUCCUCUACUCUACAUCACCAAGCCCAACCAGGUGGAGCAGGGCUCUUUACCAGGGGAUGACUGGACCAUCUUCCAGUCAAACCACUCUACCUAUGAACCAGUUCUUCUGGCCAGCACCAAAUCCUCUGAGGCGCUGGCUCACGUUGGACCCAGCCCCUUGCGGGCCCUCCAUGCCACGGUGGUCCAGGACUUGGGGCUCCAUGAUGGCAUUCAAAGGGUUCUCUUUGGGAACAAUCUCAACUACUGGCUCCACAAGCUGGUGUUUGUUGACGCCAUCGCCUACCUGACCGGGAAGAGGCUGUGCUUGUCCUUGGACCGCCACCUCCUGGUGGAUGUGGAUGAUAUCUUCGUUGGCAAGGAGGGAACCCGGAUGAAGGUGUCUGAUGUGGAGGCAUUACUCAAUACUCAAAACAAGCUGAGAGCGCUGGUCCAUAAUUUCACCUUCAAUUUGGGAUUUUCUGGAAAGUUCUACCACACAGGUACUGAUGAAGAGGAUCUGGGAGACGACAUGCUGCUGCAGCACAGGAUGGACUUCUGGUGGUUCCCUCACAUGUGGAGCCACAUGCAGCCUCACCUCUUCCACAACGUCAGCGUCUUGGCAGAGCAGAUGAGGCUCAACAAGGUCUUCGCUCAGGAGCAUGGCAUCCCAACGGACAUGGGCUAUGCGGUAGCUCCGCACCACUCCGGUGUUUACCCGGUUCACAGCCAGCUGUACGAGGCCUGGAAGGCUGUGUGGGGCAUCAAGGUAACCAGCACCGAGGAGUACCCCCACCUGAGGCCCGCUCGCUACCGCCGGGGCUUCAUCCACAACGGGAUCCAGGUGUUGCCCAGGCAGACCUGUGGUCUGUUCACCCAUACAAUCUUCUAUAACGAAUACCCAGGAGGCUCCAAGGAGCUGGACAAGAGCAUCAGAGGGGGGGAGCUCUUCCUCACUGUCCUCCUGAACCCUAUCAGCAUCUUCAUGACACACCUGUCCAACUACGGCAACGACCGCCUGGGCCUGUACACCUUUGAGUCUCUGGUGAAGUUUGUCCAGUGUUGGACCAACCUCAGGCUGCAGACGUUGCCCCCCCUCCAGCUCGCCGAGAAGUACUUCCAGAUCUUCCCCGAGGAGAGGGACCCGCUCUGGCAGAACCCUUGUCACGACAAGAGACACAAAGAUAUCUGGUCUAAAGAAAAGACCUGCGACCGCCUCCCCAAAUUCCUUGUCAUUGGACCACAGAAAACCGGCACCACGGCGCUUCAUUCCUUCCUGAGCCUCCACCCAGCCGUCACCAGCUCCUUCCCCAGCCCCAGCACAUUUGAGGAGAUCCAGUUCUUCAGCGGAGCCAACUAUGAUAACGGGAUCGACUGGUACAUGGACUUCUUCCCAUUCCCUUCCAACGUCAGCACAGAUUUCACGUUUGAGAAGAGCGCAAACUACUUUGACACCGAGGCGGCGCCUAAAAGAGCUGCUGCCUUGCUCCCCAGAGCCAAAGUCCUGGCAGUGCUCAUCAACCCGUCGGACCGGGCCUACUCCUGGUACCAGCACCAGAAGGCCCACCAGGACCCUGCAGCCUUAAACAACACUUUCCAUGCAGUGGUGACAGCGGGCCCCUCUGGCCCCAGGGACCUGCUGGCCCUCCAGAGACGCUGCCUUCUCCCCGGGGCCUACGCGCCUCACCUGGAGCGCUGGCUGCAGCACUACCAGCCCAGCCAGCUGCACAUCGUGGAUGGAGCCCUGCUCAGGUCCAACCCCACUCAGGUGAUGGAGGGGAUCCAGAGAUUCCUCGGCGUCACUCCCAUCUUCAACUACACCCAGGCUCUAAUGUACGAUGACAGCAAAGGCUUCUGGUGUCAGCGGGUGGAAGGAGGUCGAGCCAAGUGUCUGGGGAAGAGUAAAGGCAGGAAGUACCCAGAAAUGAGUCCUGAGUCCCGGGCCGUCCUGGCCGAGCACUACCGCGAGCACAACAUGGACCUGCUGCGUCUGCUGAACCGGCUGGGCCACGCGCUGCCGUCCUGGCUCCGCCAGGAACUCCAGAGCACCAGCUGGAGCUGAGGCCACACCCCCACUCAUGCAGAAGGACAAACCCGCCACAGGAGAAGCCGGGACCGGAGUCUGGGUGAGCCUGCGUUUGGCUCUGGGUUAAACUGGACUAGCUGGACUAUCGGGGGCGGAGCUGAUGUCCCUCAGGGUCGCUCUGUUUGAGGAGGACACCAGCCGACUCGCCCUGUAACGCCGGAUCCGUUGCCAUCGUCCUGCCAGCACUGGGCAGCUCUCUGCCUCCGUCAGUGUGUGUGGAUCCAAAGGACUGGGUGACCAGCAGGUUUGGGGAAUAAAGAACGAUCAGUCGGCCUUAAAGUGUCUAACGUGGAGUCGGGAGGGGGACACACGUCUCCGAUGGGAGACAAAAUGUCCAACGGGCGGAAUAAGACUGUCCACAUGCUGCGCACACGCGUGUUCACUGACACACGGUAGAUGUGAAUAGCAGGUCUGGUCCAGGCUCAGCUCGUCACCGCGUCCUGUCAGCAGGUCGAUGCUUUUACCUCCAUCGCACAGGUCAUUAGUGUCGCUGCGCCGUCCUGCUGCUGACGCAGGACUGGAUUUUUAGUCUUCAUAUUUCGUGACCAGAACAUGAAAGUUGACGUCAACGCUCUGGAUGAACUAACGGCUGGUUUUGUUUUACUGGCUGCUGAGGCUCAUGGGUACUGUAGCGUGAGCAGCUGUUCAGCAGCACAAGUUAAAACUUUUGAUCCGGUUUAACUUUACAAAAGUUACAAACAUGAAAUAAAUGUUCCACAUUAGUCAGAGACAGCGGUUACCUUUUAAAUGGGUUUUUAGGGAUUUAGUGUUGCACUUUGUCUCCCAAGAGACGAGUCAAACCAACGAUGGCCGAGCUCCUCCAGCACCGCAGAGACCUCAUAGCUUUGACUCCAGACUCACCGUGAAUAACUAGCACGCGGGUUACACAGAGGGCACCUGGACCACGGGGAAGUACGACUUGGUCCUUGUUAUUUAUUUAGUCAUCAAGCUGAACGCGUUUUCACCAGUUUAAUAGUGAGAACUGGUUUGCAGCUGUACAGGGAUCCUGCCGUGAUGCGUCCUUGAGCCAUUCAAGCCCACCGUGGGACGAGCACCUCGGCCAGUAGCAGGAACAACACCUGUGAGAAAUCUUCUGGGAAAGCAGCACAGAAUGCUGAACACACACACACACACUUUAGUCUCCACCAGAGGACCAGGGGUCAGAACCAGUAUGGAGACCAAUCAGAAGCUGCUGUCUUGUUUGUUUUGUAUAAAUGUCAAAAAGACCCACCGUGUAUUAUCUCUAAUAAACGCAGGUUGGAAGCAA